AUUCCUGGGCGGGUGGAGACUCUGGGUCCGCCUUCGCGGUGGCGGUGGAGACUCUGGGUCCGCCUUCGCGGUGGUGCUGAGGAGAGCUUUCAGAGAUCAGCUCGAGCGGUUUUGAAUCUUGGCGCUGGCGCACUGAGCAGUUUAGCUGUUGGUUAGCAGAGCAGAAACUAUGUGAAGCAAAACUCUGAAUUCUGAAAGACAUCAUUUCACCAUGGGACAGCAAAUUUCGGAUCAGACGCAGUUGGUUAUUAACAAGUUACCAGAAAAAGUAGCAAAGCACGUCACCUUGGUUCGAGAAAGUGGCUCCUUAACUUACGAAGAGUUUCUUGGGAGAGUAGCUGAACUCAAUGAUGUAACUGCUAAGGUGGCUGCUGGCCAGGAAAAGCAUCUUCUCUUUGAGGUACAACCUGGGUCUGACUCCUCUGCCUUCUGGAAAGUGGUCGUACGGGUGGUCUGUACCAAGAUUAACAAAAGCAGUGGCAUUGUGGAAGCAUCACGGAUCAUGAAUUUGUACCAGUUUAUUCAGCUCUAUAAAGACAUCACAAGCCAAGCUGCUGGAGUGUUGGCUCAGAGCUCCACCUCUGAAGAGCCUGAUGGGAACCCAUCCUCGGUCACAUCUUGUCAGGCUAGUCUAUGGAUGGGCAGGGUGAAGCAGCUGACCGAUGAGGAGGAGUGUUGUAUCUGCAUGGACGGGCGCGCUGACCUCAUCCUGCCCUGUGCUCACAGCUUCUGUCAGAAGUGUAUUGAUAAAUGGAGUGAUCGACACAGGAACUGCCCCAUUUGUCGCCUACAGAUGACUGGAGCAAAUGAAUCAUGGGUGGUGUCAGAUGCACCCACUGAAGAUGACAUGGCUAACUAUAUUCUUAACAUGGCUGAUGAGGCAGGCCAGCCCCACAGGCCAUGACUUGGGGAAGACUUUCUGUUGUUAUUCUGAACUACAAAUACACUGUUGUCGUAGAGGAGGAGGGGAGGGACGUUGUGGCACACACAGAAAUAUCAGUUUUCCCACCCUCUUAUUUUUGCUAUUCUGGUAUGUACGGUUCUUAAAUAAACCCUCAUGUCUUCCAUGUAUGGUGGGCUACAGUUUGCUACUGUUUAGCCAUAUUUCCCACAGUCCACCUAUUCUAUGUUGCUCUUGAGCCCUUUGCUACAGAUAGCAGCAAUACUUGACACUACUGCUUUUCAGGGAGGGAGGGACUGUUCUGGCAUCUUUUUAGUAGGUUUAAGUUUUAGAGUGUUGACAGUUGUAGCCAUCUGAGAUAAAUGACUGAAACUAAUGUCUCAGUUGGAACCUGAGGUGCGUGUGCUCUGCCCCCUUGUGGUUCAUUAUGGAUCCUUCAGUACUGUGGCCCAAUUGCUUCCUGAUGUUAUGUCACUUUUGGCCUUGGGUUCUGGAACUACUUAUUCUUUAUGUUGCCAUGAUGCAGCACACGGAUUAGGACUGUCUGGUUGGAACUUUGUCUCGAAAAUGGACUGUACCGGCUGCUUUAGAAAGGCAUCCCCGGACCUGGAUAGGCGUCCAUUGGAUUUUUUCAUAGUGCCCAUGUAGCUUGAGUUUUCAGAAGGAUUUUUUUCUUUUAUAGAAACACACAUUUUAUAUUUCCAGAUUACACAGAGGCAUCCAGUCCUGAGCCAGGCAGCAUUUAUUUUAGGUAAAGACACCUUUCUGAGGCUUCGGUUUCCUCAAAUUUCUCAGAUUAAAAGAAGAGGAAGAUCAGGUAAACCUCUUCACCAAGCAGUUGUAAAACCCUAAACUCCAGACCUUGAUUGGCUUUCUUCCCAUUUCUCUGCACUAUUCAGGCAUCUAGAGAGAGAACAGUGACAGGAGUGCGGCCUCAGUGACAGCCGCAGUGGCUUAUGGAGGAAGAACGUUAAUGCUAACAGUGCAGCCUAUGAAAGUACUAGUGCAUGAAAUAAGAAAUUUUAGCAUUCCAUAGAAGUCUUCUCACUGAUUUCUGGCAAGUUUCAAAUGUUCCUGUUUUCCUAAGUAUAGAUGUACACAAUUGAAGUUACUACUUAGUGAUUUUUGAUUCAGAUUUUAAUGAAUAUUUAAAUAAAACCCCUUUCAAAGAAAAAGAUCUGACUUGAUUCAAAUUUUAAUGAAUAUUUAAAUAAAAUCCCUCUCGGGGGAAAAAAAAAAAGGUCUGACUUGAUUCUGCCCCCAAAUACUGAAGACGUCCAUUCACUGUAAGGACAGGGCAGUGACAGACCAAAUGGCCAAGCAGUCCUGCCGAGCAUGCGGACAAGCACAGUGCUGUUGUCUAUCAUACCUUAGCUGAAAUGGUUUCACAGCCUGAGAAAGUCUUACUCUGUUGUAGGUUCCUAUUGAGAAACUCAGAUUGUAUUUGUGGUUUUCAAACAUUAGCAUUUCAAGUAAAUUCUGAGAGCCUAUUCACACACAUGCUACCCCAUUAUAGAGAAGCUACAUUUUAUUAAUACAGGUUUCCUUAUAUAAACCUUAGUGUGAUUGCAUUUAAGUCAGUAUAUAAAAAUGUGAAAAUGUAUUGGUGAUACAGUUACAUUAGAAUUUGUAAAUGAAAAAAACCUCUGUUUUGUAAAAAUCAUAACAAUUCAGGGCUAGAGGUGUAACUCAGUUGGUAGAGUGCUUGCCUAAUGUAUAUAAAGCCUGGGUUCCAUCCCAGCACUGAGUAAAAACAGUAAAAAAUGCUGGUGCACCCCUCCUACCCCAGCACUUGAGAGGAGGAAGCAGGAAGACCAGAAGCUCCAGGUCACCCUCCAUCACAUAGUGAGUUCAAGGAUAGCCUGGGCCACAUUGAAAUGCUGUUUCAAAAACAGUUGGGAUGAUCAGGCUAGAGAGCUAACUCAGUGGUUAAGAGCACUUGCUGUUCUUGCAGAGGACCAGAGUUUAAUCCCCAGCACCCACAUUAGUGGUUCACAACCACCUGUAUCUCCAGCUCCAAGGGCUCCAACACCCUCAUCUGACCACCUAGGGCACCCACAUGCCUGUUACACAGAGAGACACACUAACAAAACAACUUUAAAACAUUUUAAAAUUCAUAUUUGCAGAUGAUUCAAGCUCUUCUGUCAACUUUCAAGUGCUCCAUAGAACACAUUCUCUAAGCCUUGGAAUGAGUGACCUGAGCUGCUUUCUAGCCCUAAAAUUGUCCUUUUGGAUUUAGACUUGCUGGGUUUAAUUCAAAUUGUCUAAUUUUAAAGUGUUUCAGAAAUUAAUAACAUAGCUUUAGGGGUUGGGGAUAUUUCCAGCAAUAGCCAGAAUCCUUCAUUUUUGAAAGAAUAGAAAGUGAGUCCAGUGACUUGAUAUUGCCCACUGCCCUUUAUUUAAAGUGUCAUCUCUGAGAUACUAACUGGUCUACUGUGAAGCGUCAGUGUCUCCAACUGCCUUAUCAAGUAGUAAGCAGAGUUCUCUAUGCAUUCCAUUGAACUGGGUGGUGACUCCAGAUGUCAAUAGUAGGUAGGGUUCACCAUAGGAUCUAAUCAUAAAAGUUGUAAAUUUGUCUCAUGAGUAAAAUGUAUACUUUUUCUAUUCUGUACAGCUUUGCCUUUAUAAAAUAAGAACUACAUAAAUACAUUUACCAUGGUAGGAAAUUGUGUGCCUUCAGUGAUGUGCAAACUGCCUCCUGCUUUGGGGAAUUGAUGUAAAUUGUAUGUUAGUGCUGUGCUCAUUCAGUAAAGCAGGUUGACUCAAAUGCUGGAAACAGUGGGUUUCAGAAAGAGUCUGACUGUGCAUUGAUGUAAAGGCUGAGACCCGCAAAGCCUGUUUUAUUCUUAGGAAAAACUGAUACAAUGUGCAAUAAGUAAACUUUGCAAGUGAACAUUAGCUAACUCAAAAGACGUUUGCUUAUGUAAUUUCACAUUCUUAUAUACUAAAUAUUUAUAUUUAUUAGAGGACUAUUUUGUAUUGUGCUCUGGGGGUUGUGUUGUUUGCUGUUUUGAGGUGAUUUUCUUGUAUUAAUAUACAACUGGGUAAUAAGGCUGCUUGGAAACCUUUUUUUGGUUCCCUGAUUUUUUAACACUGGGAAGUUGGAUUCAUUAAAAGAUAGUCUGAAUAACUUGCA